AUGUCCGCCGCUGUUAAGGAUCUGAAGAUCGCCAUUAUUGGCGCUGGUAUGGGAGGGUUGACCUCGGCCCUUGCGCUGGCUCGACAGGGUUUCAAGAACAUCGACGUCUACGAAUAUGCCGUCGACCUGGGCUUUGUUGGAGCCGGUAUCCAGCUGGCCCCCAAUAUGGCUCGUGUUCUGGAUGGGUUGGAUGCCUGGAAGGAGAUUGAGGCGGAGGCCGUUCACAUCGACGACACUAGCGUCAGAGUGGGUGCGGAUGACAGCGAGCUUGCGCACGUCAAGCUUGAGUACAUCAAGGGCGAGUACGGAUACCCCCACAUGGUUGGCCACCGCCACUCUCUGGCCAGCGGCCUUUACAACGGCUGCAAGAAGGAGUCCGCCAUCAAGUUCCACUUCUCCACCGGCGCUGAGGAUGUCGACCUGUCCGACGCCACCAAGCCCAGCUUCAAGGCGGUCCCCCGUGACGGCGGCGAGCCCUACGUGGUUCGGCCCGACAUCCUGCUCGGCGCCGACGGUAUCAAGAGCAAGACCCGUGUUGAGCUCCUGGAACGUCUUGGUGUCCAGGUCGGUGUCAAGGACACCAACCAGGCCGCCUACCGGAUCAUGAUCCACAAGGAUCAAUGCAAGGAUGACCCGGAGCUGCUGGCCUUGAUCAGCGGCAACCGCGUCACCCGCUGGAUCGGUGAGAAGCGCCACAUCAUCGCCUACCCGGUCUCCAACAACACCAUCUACAACCUGUCGACCACCCAGCCCGACACCAACUUUGCCGCUGCCACCAACGCCACCUACACCACCAAGGGCUCCAAGCCCGCCAUGCUCGGCGUCUUCGCCGACUUCUGCCCCAUGGUGCAGCGCAUGCUCAACUACGUCCCCGACGGCGAGGUCUGCGAGUGGAAGCUGCGUGUCCACGAGCCCCUCCCCACCUGGGUCUACCACUCCGUCGCCCUAGUCGGUGACGCUUGCCACCCGACUCUGCCCCAUCUGGCCCAGGGUGCCGCCCAGGCUAUCGAGGAUGGUGCCGUCCUCGCCAUUGCCCUGGCCCGUCUGCCCGACACCACCCCCGAGUCCAUCAACAAGGGCCUGCGCGUCUACGAGAAGAUCCGCAAGGGCCGCGCCGAGGCCCUCGUCGAGCUCGCCGCCGCCUCCGGCCGUGCCCUGCACCUGGGCGAGGGUGCCGCCAAGGAGGAGCGCGACCGCCAGUUCGCCGCCCUCAAGGCCGGCAAGGGCCCCGUCCCCGACAAGUGGGCCGAUGCCGAUGUCCAGCGCGAGAUCUACGGCUUUGACUGCACCAAGGUCGCGGAGGAGUCGUUCGAUGAGCUCUUUGCUCAGCUGUAA